UCUCUCUCUAUAUAUCUUUCUCUAUAUAUAUGUUGCAAAGUACCAACUAUUCUUGAACUUGUCAUAAUUACUCUCUUUUUUCUUUCCAAUUAGCCACAUACUACUACUGCUGAAGUAGCAGUGUUGAAUUGAAAGUGGUCACUAUCUACACUAUGCCUUCGCUCUCAGAAAUCUAUCGAGCCCACCCCGUUCACGUUCAACACAAGCACCCUGACUUAAACUCUCUACAAGAACUCCCUGAAUCUUACACUUGGACGCAACACCAAGAUCAAACUAAUAAUAAUUCUACCCUCAACCACAAUGUUCCCGUCAUUGAUCUCAACGACCCAAAUGCUUCAAACCUAAUCGGCCAUGCAUGCAGAACUUGGGGAGUCUAUCAAGUGCUCAACCAUGGCGUACCCAUCACUCUUCUCCACGACAUUCAACACCUCGGAGAGACCCUCUUCUCUCUUCCCUCUCACCACAAGCACAGAGCAGCUCGUUCCCCUGAUGGUGUCGAUGGCUAUGGCCUCGCUCGCAUCUCUUCCUUCUUCCCCAAACUCAUGUGGUCCGAAGGCUUCACAAUUGUCGGAUCCCCUCUCGAGCGUUUUCGCCAACUAUGGCCCCAAGAUUACCACAGAUACUGUGACAUUGUCAUGCAGUAUGAUGAAACGAUGAAAAAGCUAGCGGAAAAGCUGAUGUGGCUGAUGUUGGAAUCUCUGUGUAUCACAAAGGAAGACCUAAAAUGGGCCGGUGCGAAAGGUCAAUUCAAAAAGACUUGCGCUGCCUUGCAACUGAAUUCGUACCCGACAUGUCCGGAUCCGGAUCGGGCAAUGGGUCUGGCCGCCCACACGGACUCGACCCUUCUGACAAUUCUUUACCAGAACAACAUAAGCGGACUGCAAGUUCACCGGAAAGGCAGCGGGUGGGUGACGGUGCCGCCAGUGAACGGCGGGCUUGUGGUAAACGUGGGAGACCUCAUGCAGAUAUUGUCAAACGGGUUGUACCGGAGCGUGCUCCACCGGGUCUUGGUGAACCGGGUGAAGCAAAGGCUUUCCGUUGCUUAUUUAUGUGGCCCCCCAGCGAACGUGGAGAUUUGUCCACACGAGAAGUUGGUAGGUCCAAACGAGCCUCGUCUUUAUAAGUCAGUGACUUGGAAUGAGUACCUUGGCACGAAAGCAAAGCAUUUCAACAAGGCACUGUCUAAGGUUCGGCUAUGUGGUGGUAUGAGUGAGGAAAUGAGCUAGAUUUAUUGGAUCCUUCCUUCUUGCAUGGUCUAUUUUGUACCAAACAUGAAAGAUGUAUUUUUUUUCAUUUGCUUAACUGGAAAAAAUGGUGGUUAAUGAAUUAGAUGUGGUGGGGAUGGCUGCAAUAAAUAGCUUUUGUUUGGCUGUAAACGGGAGAGAGAAUAUAGGGAGAGAGCCAUUCGAAAGGAUAAGAGAUAGAUAGUCUCACUGUGUUUCGUUUGUCUUUGUGUUGAAAGGGACAUUACUAAUUUCUCAUUUUUCAUCAUUCAAUUCCACCAAAACAUUUUCCUUUCCAUCA